AUGGGGCCAACAGGAGCACAGACUGAAGAGAAUCAGACAACGGAGGGAACAGAGAUUGAAUGGUAUGAGACAGUACAAACUACCCCAAGAGGUCAGCUGGCCCCUGACCCUAAACCAGGUCUUGCUGAUAGCACUAAGCUGAUCGAAGUUCAGGUAGUCCUCAUCUUAGCUUAUUGCACCAUCAUCUUACUGGGAGUGAUUGGCAAUUCCUUGGUGAUCCAUGUGGUGAUCAAGUUCAAGAGUAUGCGUACCGUCACCAACUUCUUCAUUGCCAAUCUUGCUGUUGCUGAUCUUCUAGUGAACACAUUGUGCCUCCCCUUCACCCUUACUUACACCUUGAUGGGGGAGUGGAAAAUGGGUCCCAUCCUAUGCCACCUGGUGCCCUAUGCCCAGGGCUUGGCGGUGCAGGUGUCCACAAUCACCCUAACUGUGAUCGCCCUAGAUCGACACCGUUGUAUUGUUUACCAUCUGGAGAGUAAGAUUUCCAAAAGGAUCAGCUUUCUGAUCAUUGGACUGGCCUGGGGCAUUAGUGCCUUGCUGGCUAGUCCCCUGGCUAUCUUCCGGGAAUAUUCUCUGAUUGAGAUCAUCCCAGACUUUGAGAUUGUGGUCUGUACUGAAAAGUGGCCAGGUGAGGAAAAGAGCAUGUAUGGGACCAUUUAUAGCCUCUCUUCCUUACUGAUCUUAUAUGUUCUGCCAUUGGGCAUCAUAUCAUUUGCUUACAUACAAAUCUGGAGUAAGCUGAAGAAUCACAUCAGCCCCGGGGUGGCCAACGAUCACUACCAUCAGCGUCGGCAUAAGACUACCAAGAUGCUCGUGUGCGUGGUGGUGGUGUUUGCAGUCAGCUGGCUGCCUCUCCAUGCCUUCCAGCUUGCCAUUGACAUUGACAACCAGGUCCUGGACCUGAGGGAAUACAAGCUCAUUUUCACAAUAUUUCACAUCAUUGCCAUGUGCUCUACCUUUGCCAACCCCUUUCUUUAUGGCUGGAUGAAUAGCAACUAUAGAAAAGCCUUCCUCUCGGCCUUCCAUUGUGAGCAGAGGCUGGACUCCAUCCACUCAGAGGUUUCAGUGACAUUCAAAGCCAAGAAGGACCUGGAAGUCAAAAAGAAUGCUUGUGCCAAUGACUCUUUCACAGAGGCCACCAACGUCUAA